UCAGGUCUUAGAGGAAGAGGACAAAGGUGGUUAGAAGCUCGACUGUGCCAUGCUCUUCUUUCUGGCUCGGGGUUUUUUAACACAAUGACAUAGUGUGGCUGCACGCAGGCUCUCUUGUGGAAUAAAAAAGACAAAGAGUGCAGGGGCAGAAAAAAGGGUGAAAAGUCAGCAAACCAAAGUGUCUGGAGUUGGACAGGUAAAAGUUAGGGAUGGGAACAAUACCACCUGACAUAAGACGGCUUUUGGAUGACUGUGAGCUGUUUGUAUCCGAGAUCCUUCAAGACGAGGAGCUCGGCGAAAGUGCCCAAGAGACACGAAAGGUCUUACUCAACAACUUCAGGGUUGUCCAUGUCAGAAACCCCCAAGAAUUCCCCUUCCCCCCAUCGGACUUUAGGGACGACGACGGUUCCGAUGACAACCGUAGUUCCAGCCUGGGUCGCUCUGCCCCAUCGGACGAUGCCUCAGUAGCCUCCGACUACCAGGACGACGGAGCCCCCGAGUACUUUGGGGACAUCCCCCCCGUAGCAGCCCAGGACCUCUGCAACAUCCUGAAGCAAGGCCACCUGGAGAAGAAACGAAGAGAUCACAGCUUGUUCGGCUCGGAUUGGCAAAAGAGGUGGUGUGCCCUGAACAAUUCAAUUUUCUACUACUUUGGGAGUGACAAAGAUAAGCAGCAGAAAGGCUCCUUUUACAUCAUCGACUACGCGGUGCAGCGCGUCAGCAACCUGAGGAAAGACUCCAGGAAGAACUGCUGCUUUGAGUUCUCCUCCCCCGGGCGCCGGUCUUUCCAGUUCACCGCCAGCAGCCCCCAAGAGGCCAGAGAAUGGGUGGACCAAAUCAAUUUUGUACUUCAAGACCUGCGCUCCACCUUCAUCCCUUGCGACGACGACGAAGAGCAGGACGAAGAGGAAGAGGAGACCUAUGAUGACAUUGAGGGGUUGAACGCCAUCUCCUCCUCCUCGUCCGCCGCCGCCCAGGCCUUUCAGAGCGGCAAACUGAGAGCGGGGCUCGAGACGGGGGAGGUCGGGGAAGAGGAAGAUGAUAUCUACGAGGUGCUUCCAGAGGAGGAUUUUCCUGAUCCGACAGAUGAGAGCAGUGAAAAGAACCGACCAGCUUGGUCAUCAGAUUACGCCAACUUCUACCAGGGUUUAUGGGAUUGCCAGGCCGACGAGCCGGACGAGCUGCCCUUCCAGCGAGGGGACCUCAUCUACAUCGUUAGCAAGGAGUACAACAUCCACGGCUGGUGGGUGGGCGAGCUGAACGGCAGCGUGGGCAUCGUCCCCAAGGACUUCAUGCACCCGGCCUACAUCCUCUGAGCCCCAACAGCGCCUGUGCAGACGCGUCCGGCCACGAGCUCCACUGACGACCUUUGGUGGUUUGAAAAUCCCUCACGAGACUCGAGGCAUGUAUUGCGUAAUUUGUAAAGGUAAAGGGAUUUUUCCUGCACACUAUUAAUACCUUGAGUUGAUUAAUCAGUUACUCUAGCAAAAUAGAACAUUUUAAGAAUUGUCCUAUCAAGAAAAACCUGUGAAGAUUUUGUUUUUCAUUUUAUUAAAUCACUGACAUUGAGAGAAAAGUAUCAAAAUGUAUUAUCUUGUAAUGUUUAAUAUUUUCUUAAAUAACAUUCUAAUGAAUCUUAGAAAUAAAUUCUAGUCUAGUUUAGAGUAAUUAUUUUGUUUAAACAAAUUGGUUAAAAUGAGAAAUGUCGGUUUAGUUGAUUUCGCAUUGUUUCAUUAACAAAACACAGAUGUUCAAUUUGUAGAAUAUUUUACACUUAAUAUCCAAACGAUUACCAACCUUUAUUGUUUGUGUGAUUUUCCAUUCGUGUGUGGGGACUUAAAAGUUCCAUCUUCAGCCACUAGGUGGCAUCACUGCUCAAAUAUCACAAGUUGUUUGAUAACGUGUGUAAUUAAAUCAGUCAAAGCACCAAAAAAAAAUCACUCGCAUGUAACAGUGAAGAGAAAACACUUUAUUUGAAAUAAAAUAGUAUCUACACAGA